AUGAACCCAGCUAUGACACCUUGUACAGCACCUCCUGGAUACUAUGGUGGACCAUACCUGCCAACUCUUAAUCCAUACGGGUAUCCAACUCCUUGUGUACCAGUCCCUGUGAACUAUCCAGUACCAUUUCCUGGUGGACCAUUCCCACAACAAUUCCUUGGAUCACCACAGCCAUAUCCUAGCAUACCCUAUGCAUAUGGCCCAUAUCCUGGAAUGUUCCCACCUGGAUACAUGGUACCUCAACAGCAAUACCCACAGCCGUGCAUGUAUGGAGGACCACCAAUACCAUCACCACUGGCAAACUCACACGAUGAGGUAGCUGAACCAUGUCCUGCUAUGUCAACAAGUGAAAUUCCCUACGGCCAAGGCCAGGAAUUAUUAGAUGGUUUUUCACCGUUGAAACCUGGAGACGCCAGCAGCUGUGAAUCUGUCCUGCCCGCACCAGUGUACCAUCAGCACCAGCAGCCAGCAUUUACUGCAGCAGUGCAGCAGUAG